GAAGUGACUUUGUGUGCUUUCUCUUUCCUUUUCCUUUGAUAGUCCCAGGCAAGACAGGAAUCAUUGCAUAUUUUCUCAGGGAAUCUGUCUGCUGGGUUAAACCUCCUAGCUUUUACAUAAAAAGGUGUCACUAACAGCAUUUCAAACAUGGCGACAGAUCUGCUCUUUGGCUCUGUUCUUGUCCUGCUUCUUGUUGAUUUGGUAACAAGUGAGAACAUUGAUUUCUACAAUCUCAGGCCUGCUAUAGAAGCCACUCCAUACCCGAAAAGUUUCAAGUGCUUCACAUGUGAACAGGCCUCAGACAACUACAGCUGCAACCGCUGGGCAGAAGAUGUGUGGUGUCCUCAGAACACCCAGUACUGUAUGACUAUUCAUCACUUCAACCAUCAGGGGAAAACAAAAUUUGUUACCAAAAGAUGUGCUGUUCGUGAUGAAUGCAGAUUAGCAGGUUGUAGACAUCACAAAAAUACACACCAUGAGUGUGUAUCUUGCUGUGAGGGCAUGGUUUGUAACGUAGAGCUGCCAACCAAUUACACCAAUGCAGUGUUUGCUCAGAGACGAACCCACAGCUCUGCAUCAGCCACUUUCAGGAGCUGGCAUUCAGUGAUCCUCCUAAUUCCCGCUCUCUCUGGACUCAUGCCGCUCUGAUCCCGAAGCUGCUCGCUGCUGAUAAACAGACAAAGGGUAUGUCAUCCACACUGGAAUAUCGUUACAGAUGGAUGAUUCUUCAAGGCCACAGCAAUAUCAUGCUGGAGAACGCUAUCCAUCAGCAGGAUGUUGCAGGACUGGACAUGUGGUCAGAACGUUCACCAGAAAUUCACCAUCUUGAUUAUGGGCUCAGAGGUGACUGAACAGUUUACUAAUCAAAUGGAGUUGCAGGGAAAUCACAUCAAGGCAGUGGCUCCAUAUGGCACCAUUAGUAUAAGGUCUAGUGGAUCUGUAAUAUGAAGGCCAAAACAUCCUUAUUUACGUUCGUGAACAGUGAGUUUGACAGUAUUUUGAGUGCGCCCAGGCUGGUUUAUCUAAAUUCAAAGUAUGCUUUUUUUUUAAGCUAAGGUUUCAUCAUCGAAAUUCAGUGUCACAGAAAUAUCACUGUACAAGCAGAGACUGAUUCUUCUUGCUGUGAGGCAAUCAUGACAACCACUUAGCCACCAUGCCACCUUUAGCCCAACGUGCCCAUAGAAUUGUUUUUGCUCUACUUACAUUUGGAAUUUUAUAUUACGUACCAAUACUGAACCAGGCUCAAAGACAUUUUUAAUUGCUCUUUUUGCCAGAAAACGCACAGACACUGUACUAGUUUGAAUAUUUUAGCGCUCAUGUGUCGAGUAAAAAAAACAACAAAUGGAGUAUACCUUGCACUUCAGUUCAAUUUGAAACUUUUUAAAAUCCUCCAAAAACAGUUGGACUCGGUUAAAUAAUCAAAAUCAGUAGCGGUUAUAGUUUAAACGUCACCCUGGGCGAACCACCCCAUAUACAGUACACCCUCCUCCCCUGAAAAAUAAAGGAGACGCUAUGUGGUUACAUUUUUGUUACUCCCAUUGGAACACAUGUAAUGAUCUCAAACAAACAAUUCAAACAGCAUACAA